AGUUGAUAAAAAACUGAUAAACACUUUUAAACUAGUAGCUUUUAAAUUUGGACUAAUUUUAUUCAGUAGAAAAGUACAAUGGACAGAUUUAUCACAAAAAUUUUAGAAGGUUCUAAAUUUGAACAACUCAAAAAGUAUGGGGGUUAUUAUAUCGUUUUCUCCAAUCCUUAAACUCACCGCCAGACUGAUUAGCGUUUCUCAGUUAAACCUUGCUUAAACCCUAGCAGAAAUCUUUCACAGCAUCACCCAGAAACCUCCAUCCAUGGCGCGUCUAAUCCGACCCUUAAGAAGAAUCCUCUCCUCUCCAUGCCCUAAAUCCAUAAUUCUUUACCAACACCAAAACCCCACUGCUAUCUCGAACCGUACCUCCCAAUUCACCAGAAACUACAUCUCAGAAAUGCGAAAAUCUGCCUUUGAAGGUAACAUUUUGAGACUCCUCCGAAACGAGAUCCAAUACGAACUUGAACGAUCCCCUCCCAAGCAGCCUGUCACCAAAUUUAAUUCAUUCACAGUUGAUGACCGUCCGGGAGAACAAUGGAUUAGAAUGCAAAGAAAAUUCAGGGACAAAGAAGAUAUUAGAAUUGAAGCAACAAUGUUUGAUGGGUCUAUUCCAGCUUCUAAAUCUGUUGGCACAGAGGAUGAUGUGGAGCUUCAUAUUUCACUGAUUGUCAAUAUCUCAAAGGGGGAUGAUGGUGAUGUGUUGGAGAUCACAUGCUCAGCUUGGCCAGAUAGCAUAGAGAUCAUAAAUCUUUUCAUAGGUCGGCAUAAAAGGACAAAGAGAAAGCCUUUCAUUGGUCCUGAAUUCAAGGAGUUGGAUGAUGAGCUUCAAGACUCACUUUAUGAAUUCUUGGAGGAAAGAGGUAUAGAUGAUAACCUUGCUGUUUUCUUGCAUGAGUACAUGAAGAACAAAGAUAAAACUGAGUUCUCUAGUUGGCUAGAAAAUGUCAAGUCAUUUAUAGAGAAAAAGUAGAGACUAUUUUUUGUAUUAUCUCAGAUAUUUGUUUCUUGAUUGCUGAUGCAUUUGUCAAUGAAAGUUUUCACCGCUU